AUGGCUGCCGAUGCCGCUAUCCCAGGCCUUUUCUUGACCUUCGCAGCAAUGGUGCUGCUUGUAUUUGCAUCAGUCUCAGCACCGACCUGGAACGCUGUCUCAUUCCUGAAUACCAAUGUCGACGGCGUCUCAACACACUUUGGAGUGUUCGGGUACACAGGCUCACAUACAUCCGUUGGAUGGUACUUCCCCUCUGGAGUUGCUGACAGCGAGUUGACCGAUGGGCUCUUCCACAACCUCACAAUCGUCCUCAUCCUAAUACCUAUAGCUGCCGGCCUCUCAGGCAUCGCAUUCCUCUUUGGGCUCUGUGGUGCCAGCUACCACCGCGCCGGCACCGUCUUCAUGACCCUCGUCUCUGCACUGGCCUUCCUCGUCACACUCAUUGUUUGGAUCGUCGAGAUGGCCCUGUUCGGCAUCGCACGCGAUCACGUUCGCGGCCGCGGUGGCUACGCGCAAUACGCUAAUGCCAACUGGCUCGUGCUCGGCGCGCUUGUCGCUCUCUUCUUCGCGUUCUUCGCGAGUUUGUGUGGCAUAUUUGGCAGAUACCGCUCAAGGCGCUAUUGAGCAGACCCGCUGUGAGCUUGUAUCGCUUCCUGUUUCAGACGAGACGAUAUGCGCUCUUGCGCUACUGUAUCCUGUCCAUUCCUAAUCGCCUUUAUAUCCUUACAUGUGCGUCAUGAAAAGGGCCCUGGAUGUGGAUACCCUGCUCUGUACUCUUGUAUUUGCUGUAAUAAUUUAG